AUGAAGGAAAAUGAAAAGGAAAAUGAAAACGAGUUUAGAAAACAAGUUUUCAGAGACAUUUCUUCACCCUUUAAUCUCGUUGCUCUAGAAACAAUUUCUUGUCAACAUGAAAAGUCGGCACAAAAACAUUUAACUGUAACUCACGCGAACAUAACAAUGUUACAGAGUCAAGCAUUUACAUUCAAUAUCGUAAUUCAAAUCUAA